AGUCACAUCACAUCACAUCACAUCACAUCACAUCAUCACAAUAUUUGAAACCUCUGUCCUAAGUCACAUAAUACCAACAAAGAACCAGUGUGUGUGUGUGUGUGUGUGUGUGUGUGGCUUUGGUCAAGGACUGCCUGAGGGACCAACCACGCAGCAGCAGCAGAUAGGAGAGCGAGGCACGAGGCAUGUCAUAGCUGAACCCACCGUCACCCUUGCCCAGGCAUCUUGCACCCAACCUCAACCAGCAUUAGGAGACGAGCCUUUGGUGUGCUGUGGUGUGUUGUGGCGUGCUGUGGCUGUGGCGAGUGUCCAUAGCGGUGUGUGGUGUCCAGGAAUACGUUGUUUUUGUCGUAUUUUGGUAUAUGCCAGUGUGACGAGACUCUACAUCAUCAAUGGGAGAAACACUUGUGACAACUCGACGAAUCAUCGCUGUAGGCUUUGAAAACAGUCCGCUUUUAGAGACUUCACCCAGACGCGCAGUAAAGAAUAAAAACACGUGACAAUUCUUGAAAAAUAAAUUGUGAUAAUCUGAAACUUCACCAUAGAGGACUGAAAACCCUAAAAAAACACGUAAAACCCACAAAUAACCUUCAACCCCAAAGAAAAAGCCCAGAACCUCAAAAAGACACAUAACCUAACAGUAAAACCUCAAAACUACCUUAAAACACAAUAGAACCCCAAAACUAAAAAAACCACUCAUAUUCUAGCAGGAAAACCUCAAAACUACCUUAAAUCACAAUAGAAACUCCAAAACUAACGCUAAAACCCUGAGGAACACCAGAACCGCAACGAAACACCUUCACAAUGGCACCUCGAAGAAGGGACGUCAACCCAACGGCGCCUCCAGAAGACUACGCUAGCUGUGACACGGAAAACUACGACGACUGCAAUGUUACCCACGCGACUUCGAAGGACAACUUGAUAGAGCAGGAAGGGAACUUAAAACUGAAGAAGGAACUGGGUUUGAUGGACGGUGUGGGGAUUAUAGUAGGAAUCAUCAUUGGUUCUGGUAUAUUCGUGUCUCCCAAGGGUGUGCUACAGUUUAGCGGAAGUAUUGGAGUAGCGCUAAUCGUGUGGGCUGUGUCUGGAAUCCUGUCUCUCGUCGGUGCUCUGUGCUAUGCUGAAUUAGGUUGCCUCAUUCCUCGCAGCGGCGGAGACUAUGCUUACAUUUACGAAGUGUUCGGACCCCUGCCAGCCUUCCUCUUCCUGUGGGUCACCCUGCUCCUCAUCCUGCCCACCUCCAACACAGUGAUGGCUCUUACUUUCGCCACCUACAUCACCAAGCCAGCCUUUCCGAACUGCGACGUUAUUCCAGAGAUCCCCACCAAACUCCUGGCCGCCGUGGUGAUCUGCUUCCUGACGUGGCUGAACUGCGCUAACGUGAAAUGGGCGAAGACGGUGCAGAGUGUGUUCACGGCUGGCAAGGUGCUGGCUCUCUCCCUCAUCAUCGGCGCCGGCUUCUACCACCUCGCCUCGGGACACACGGAGAACUAUCAGAAAAUGUUCUACAAUACCAACUGGAGCGUCACUGGCAUCUCCACAGCCUUCUACCAGGGUCUCUUCUCCUUUGCUGGCUGGAACACACUUAACUUCGUGGUGGAGGAACUGAAGGAGCCGUACAAGACGCUUCCCCGAGCCAUCUGCAUUUCGCUUCCCAUCGUGACAAUAAUCUACUUCCUCACCAACGUGGCUUACUUCGCCGUGCUGGACCCUGACGCGAUCCUCUCCUCCAACGCUGUGGCCUUGUCCUUCUCCAGUAAGGUAUUAGGGGUAGUGACGUACGCCAUGCCUCUCUUCGUCGCCCUGUCCACAUUUGGCAGUCUGAAUGGGCUGAUUUUCGCCUGCUCCCGUCUCUUCUUCGUGGGCGCGAGGGAUGGCCACCUACCUCAAGUUCUGGGCCUCAUCAACACCAAGAACUACACGCCAGUCCCUGCUCUUAUCUUUCAGGGAAUCACGACUCUGUGCAUGCUGACCACCUCAGACACGCUCAUCCUCAUCAACCUCGUCAGUUUCUCCGAGUCAGUGUUUGUGUUCAUGUCCAUCAUGGCGCUGCUCUGGCUUCGAUACAAGUACCCCAACAAGAAGAGGCCCAUUAAGGUAUGGCUGUGGGUGGCAGUUCUGUUCUUCGUCGUCUCCAUAUUCCUGGUGGUGUUCCCUGUGGUGGAGCGCCCCUUGGAACUUGGCAUCGCUAUCGGUAUCUGCCUGGCUGGGAUCCCUGUGUAUCUCCUCUGCGUCAAGCUGUCACCCAAGUCACAAAAAUUCAGCGCUUUCAUGGGUCAAUUUACGUCUGUCUGCCAGUUGCUCUGCCUCGGUCUGCCAGAAGAGGAAGAGGAGGAGGAGGAGGAGGAAGGAAGGACAGAGACAGGUUUCCAGUGGUGACGGAAGGGAAUGAAAGGUGAUGCUGAUGGUCUGAGUAAUAACUGUGAUCAGGGAUUGUAUGUACUGUGUGUUGUUAUGGAUGUAAGACUGAGUGGUUUGGAAUGUUGUACUGAAGCAGGAAGGUCUGAGGAGGAACUGUGAUCAAAGGUUUUAAUGUACGUGUGGUUGUUAAGUUAAGUAAGGUUGAAGCAGUACUGGACUUGUAAUCUGAAACACACUGCUCUCUCACUACGACUAUUUUCAAAGCCCACGGAGAUAAGGACUCGGGUUCUUAAGGGUGUUUAUCCUCUUAAUAGUGAAGGAAUCUUGAUAAUCUGUCACUAGAACAAUAAAAACACCCUUUAAACCCGUGUUACUUCAACGAGAGCCUUGUGAAAAUAGUGGAGGUGCUGCAAAGAGGUGUUUCAGAAUGUGGUUCCAGCUGGCGAUCCGAAGCAAGUGUCCCGCUGUGUUUGCAUCUCUGCCUGUCCACUACCCAAGCUUACCUCAAAAUGAUCGCAUUAGUGUUGGCCGCUGAGUGGUCUGUGUGUCAUAUUAUCGCACGUCCUAGCUCUAAGAUACCGUAAGAUUGAUUAAGUAUUAGUGUACAUGUAAGUAUAGGAUGUAAUAUAGUAAUUUUGAGGGUCAUUAAGCUCGGGUAUGGACACUUGUAGAGUUGAUUGGGUAAUGUCAGUGUACAGGGGAACAUUCUCACGAACCAGCAGUUGUGUACUUAAUGGUAAUCUUGUGCAUAUGUGAUAGUUAUGAUGGUUUGUGUGUUGUGGAAGUAUUUGCGAGUGUAAAGAUGCAUUAUCAAACAUUUGGUGCUUCGUCUCAUCAACCAACAAGCUCCAUAGACAGUUACUUGUAUGGUUAGGUGAGUAGAUAACGUGAUGCAGUGGCGUAGCUAGCGGGGGACGGAGGGGUGGGAGGAGGGUCUGACCUGGUGGCACUUUUUUGGGGUGACACUUUUUGGUUCUUACAGUUGUCAUCUUCGCAUCAUUAGGCCUGUACGUGGUGUUGAUAAUUAAGCCUACACACAUAUUCAAAACAUAAUGAUAACGCACGCAACCACCAUCGGGGGCUGAAAUGGUGGUGGUGGUGGUGGUGGUGGUGGUGUUGAUGGUGGUAGUAGUAGUAGUAGUAGUAGUAGUAGUAGUGGUGGUAGUAGUAGUAGUAGUAGUAGUAGUAGUAGUAG